GAUAAUUGCGAUACUAUCGAUGACGCAUUGCAUAUAAUUUUUAAAUGUACCAAGUACAACACAACAAGACUAAACUACCCAUCGCUAAGGAAAUUAGCAAAUCGCAAAUUAGCUCGUACCAAAUCGAGUUCAUCGACAAAAUUGGAGUAAAACUGCAACAAGUUACAUAUCUCGAAGUAGCGACUUCCACCUUGUAAAGGCGGGCUGCGGUAACAUAAAACCUCAUCCUAAGAAACUUCCAAAAAUUGCACUGAAAUGGAGGGCGGAGGCGCAAUUGCGCAUAAUUUGAAGAAUGGCGAGAAGCGCACCAGCGACGUGGACGCUGGACGACUGCCAUACUUCUCGGAUUUGCAUCUGUGCCCGGUGGUGCUCAGCGGCCUGACGGCCAACAAUUUUAAGACGCCAACGAAAAUUCAAGCUGCAGCCAUACCCAUGGCGCUGACCGGCAUGGAUCUGCUGGUGCAGUCGAAGAGCGGGAAUUUUGGUCAUUCUGCAAACACGUGAGCUGUCCAUACAGGUGC